UUUUUAUAUGUCGCCAGCUGAUGGGCUAGGGCGAGGCAGUUGAUAUGGCCGAUAGGCUAGGGAGGGUAGUUGAUAUGGCUGAUGGGCUAGAGAGAGCAGUUGAUAUGGCCGAUGGGCUAGGGAGGGCAGUUGGUAUGGGCGAUAGCCAAGAAGGUAAGGAGCAUACAUUUAGUUACAAAUUUUAUUCUUCCAUCCCCUUUCAAAGCCCUUGAAAAUAUGGCAUAAUCAAAUGUCUCCAGUUAUUUUUAAGCCGCGACUAAGUGCGGGGCUCGCCGAGUACCGAGUCGAUUAUAGCUAUCUAACAAACAAAAGAAAUGCAAGGAAUAAUCGGGCGGCCCCCAGCGAGUCCCACAUGUCCGGACGCUGCUUUAAAGUAAACAGCAAUAAAAGAGACUUGAAGGAAUUAUCAUAGGUCAAAGGGAUAAUCUCGUGAUAAGUAUAUUAUAUUACCUGAUUAAUAUAAUAUUAACUUUAAAUAAAAGAUAGUAAUAAAAACUCAAAGCACGCCUUAUUUAUAAUAGGUACGAGCUUUAACCACAGACAACCAGAAACGUCAAAGUGUAGUCUGGUUGACGUUUCUUACGUAUUUAUAAAUAAAUUGUAUUUAGGGAUAUUUCGGAAUAAUUAUAAAAUAAUCUAUGGCUGACGAUGAAGAUGAAGGAGAAGGGGGGUUAUAUGAAGAGGGGCACUGGAUUUGGGAUGAAAAUGCUGAUCAAAUUACCUUUGUAAGCGACCGGCCGGUAGUCGAAGAUGAAGCUAUUCAAAUGCCGACCAAAAUGCCGACGGGAGCCAUUGAGUUCAGAGAUGAUGUGGAUUUAAUAGAACAGUUAAGAUAUCGGAGACGUUAUCAACGGAAACUGAAGCCUGAACAGCCGGAUGUCGUAACAGUACAAGAUUGCAAAGACAUUGCGCUGUACACGGCGCCGGUGUCCAUACUGAGCCCCGCCCUGAUCAACAUUCUGCAUAUACCGACUGCUGAAAGAUUUAUCAAGGCAUUAAUUUUAUGCUGCCAAUAUUAUUUACAGGUGUCGGACGAGAUGGCGCACCGCAUGCUGGACCUGGAGACGCGCGUGCGCACGCCGUACUGCGACGUGGUGGAGCAAGAGUUCGGCACCAACCUCAACGAUUUGCGUGUGCUAGUUGCUAAGGAGUAUUGCACUAUGCUUAUAGGUGGUGCGGACACUAAGAAGUACCACCACAUGGGCCCGGCGAAGAAGCGACGGUCGCUAUCCGACAAAGAUGCGCGGCUCUUCGAGACGCUGCUGCGGAUGUGCGUGCAGAUCGUCUGGCUCGCUUUAGGACGCAAGGCAUUCAAUCAGAUAGAGCUGGAGGUGAAUCGAUUAUUCAAAUCAGAAAUCUUCAAUGCCGUAGAGCACACUCUAAAGACCAACUACGUAGAGAAAAUGACGAAGGAGGAGCGGAAAGUCCUCCUGGGCGAAUGUGUGCGAACUGACAAGAAACUUACCACGAAAUCGCCCAUCAUGAACGAGGUGUUCUGUUACAGGGACAUUGACUAUCGUAUGAUGGGAAUUGGAGUUAUCAAAAUGCACCAAUUGCCGUUACGUCUUAAGUAUAUACAUAAUAUUGUAGCCGGGCCAGAGGAGAAGUACGGGGCGCUAGGCGUCUCGCUCGGCAUCGUGGGGCUAUCUCGAUCUAACUUCGACACCAUGCUCAAACCGCUGCCUACGGCGGAAGAUCAGAAAUCAAAGAAAUCAUUAGGGUCUAUGAGCAGUGGCAGUGCAAAGAGCAGCAGUAGCAUAAAGAAGAGCGGGAUGGCGUGCGGUCAACGGAAAUUAUAUGCCGACAUUCACUUGCCAUUAAAAUCAGAGCACGACGACCCGUUCCCCUCUUCGUUCCCGAGUGAGGCCGAGCCGCCUGCGCCGUGCAACGACACCCAGCGCCGGCGCUGGCUCAAGCGUCUCCAAAGGCUGCGGCGCGGGCAGAGGGCCUCUGCCGGAAAACGAGCUUAAAUUUAUUAUAA